ACACAUGUUGAUGCUGUUCACAUCAUCGGCUGUUGGGUACUUUUAGUAGCUCGUAAUAAUAAGCUUCAGCGAUCUCUUGAGUUUUGUUGCUGUGGCAAAAGGGCUGACCCCGGAGGUUAGAGCUUGUCUGCUGUUUGUGUACUAUCAUAGUAGCUGGUAAGAUAGCUUCGGCAGUCGGUAGCGACGAUUUCUUCUUUCUUACUUGAGAUCCAGCACAGAGUCUGCCGGUACUUGUCAAUGCCGAACACUUCAUCUUGGAUAUUAUUGAGAAAGCUACCCAACAAAUCGAGGAAACCAACCAACCGCCAAUCAAGACAGGAAAGUGGAUCUGAUCAGUCGAUUGCAAAUUUUGGCUGUCAAAUCUUUCAGUGAGAUCAUUCAUUUAUCUAACCAUUUAUUCUACAAGAUAUCACCAUGACAACCUUGGAUGCCACAGAUGAGGCGGCAUUGGUGGACUCCUUCUUCUUGCCAGGUGGAAUUUUGGAUCCAGAUCAAGAAGAAGACCAAGAAGAAGCAGAACCAGAAACUCGAAAGCCACCGUAUCCCCCGGGCAUGGGCCCGGCAACAACAACCACUCCUUAUCAAUGGACUGACGCACCUCCACUGACACAACCUACUCGACCCUAUCUGCCACCAGAAACAGAUGAACUGAGGGACGAAGAGCCCAAUUCAUUUUGGAGUACCAACAAUGCUGCUAGCAAUAUUCCGUUUGACCCAACCCCACAACCCUUUGCAACAACCAGCACUCCCGAGCCUUGGAUGCUGGCAGCAACUUUAGAGGAAACACUCCAAACAACCAGCAAUCAGGAGGAACCCAACAACUUGCUGCACAAUCCAGGACUCUUUCCCUACCGCAAUAGUUUGCAGCAAAGCAACAGUCAAAACAGUGAUCUGGUGGCCCAAUUGCCACACCGUGCACCCGAUCAUGAUCCCCUGAAGAAUUUGCAAGCUCUGCAAUUUACGUCUCCUCUACCAGGACCACUCGGCACAACCACAGCCGUUACCACCACCAGCGGAAACCAACAGCCACAAAAGCCACCUUCCGCGCAAGAAGUCGAAGAUGUCCGCAAAAUGGUCUCUGUGCUAUCUUCCUCAUUGCGAAAUGUAGUUGGGUCGUCGGAUCAUGCUCUUCCUGAACAUUUGUUGCAGCCAGAUAGCCCACCCAAGAUUAUUCGACGCCGAUCGUCCUCCACGACACAUCGUCUAAUCAACCUUCCUUUGGAACUCCCCGAUGAGCAACAACCAGGUGCUCUCAAUAAUGAGAAUUUGGUCAACCACGACGACGACGAUUUUUUGAUUGAUCAGCAGUCCACCACAUCAUCCUUGUCUAGUGGCAGUGCCAAGCGGGAUGAUUCCCACCGCUCGCACUCACCAGUACCACUCAGUGUCCAUUAUCUACCAUCGGAAACAUCCUUUCUUGUAGAACAACAGCAACACCAGCCGUCCAAAACAUUUUUGCCUGAAACAGAUGAACCUCUCUUGUUCCCACCGUCACAAACAGCAUUGCCAGUACCCGCAACACAAGAACCACCACACUUUUCCACUUUGGCGGUAGUAGCACCACCGCCGGGGUACCAACAUUUGCCGCCCCCGCAACGUUUGCGGUUUGAGGACGAAGAACCCAAACCACAACCAGCACCAAUCCCGUCCCUGCCACCUCGCAGCGAAGCACCAGUACCUUCACAAGAAGAAGACGAACCACCAGAAGAGGACGAAGAAGAAGCGCUGGAAGAAGAAGAUAGUUGGCAACAAGUUGGACCCAAAGAGUCACGGGAACCACCAAAGGAGCCAAGAAUUGCUCCAAAGCCUACGGAACCACCACCCACGGGACCUAAAAAGUCAUUUGAUGCUGCAGUGACAACGGCCAGGACCAAAAAUAGCAAUCUGGUUGGUCAGCAAAAGACAAGCACUACCACAACCACACCUACGAUUGUAGCAGACUUGACGGUGGAACCAAGAAAGGUUGCUGCAGCCAUCUCCACCACCACAUCGACCAGGAAGAAACGAUCAGGGAGAAAGCAAAAAUCCUCCAAAAAGGGGACCACAGGAACAGGUACUCGAAACAACAGAGAACCCCAACUCCACCAAAAUGAUGUGCUCAAGACUGGAAAGACCCAUGUCGCGGUGGAGGAAGCACCCCCUUCAAUGGAAAGUCCCACUCGAACGACUGUGCCAUCAACAGGGACCACCAUCACGAGACCUGCGACAACUGCAACCAAAACAUCCAAAACGAAACCGGUAUCCCACACGACAGUAACAGGAACCACAUCAUCGAAAACAACAGGAACGACCAGAACUACCACGUCAAGGAAUACCGUGACUUCGGUGCUUGUUUGGAUUGACAACAGCAUGGACUUUGCAAGACGCUCCGCACAGUUCCAAAUGUCACUGCUAUCGCGAAUGAUACAAGAAGCAGUGAAAGAAGCAGUUGAACGACAAUCGAUUGCUGGCUGCUACGCAGUCAUCUACUUUACGCCAGUCAUGAGUGAUUUGAUCAUGGACCAAUGUGUAUGGCUGCCUCACUUCUUUCCAGGUAUCAUUCUGGGCAUUGUCCUGACAUUGAUCUGCCGGUCCAUGUUGAAGGAUCAAUACCUGAUUGAAAUGGCUUCUUUCUCGCCUACCCAGUUUGCAGUUCCUCCGCCACAGCAACAAGGUGAAAAAGUUGGACGAGGCGCUUCAACUAGAAAGAAGGCCCAGAAGGUAAUCCCCAAAGUCCCGCAACAGGACACGGCGGCAGUGACUCUGUCACAAAAGGAGCACCGCUUGCAGGAGCUUCGGUCAAUGGAGGCCAAGAUCUGCAUACGCCUGCUGAGGAGCCUUCGUUGGGUGCUGCCAACUGUCGUCCUUGCGACGGCUGUGGUGGACCGGACAGCCGAAGAAGACAUUGUACCUGCUCUUCGCCUUGUGGUCGCCUUUGGGUUGUCCAUGUUGCAAACAUUUAACUUGUUCAGCACUUUGGCAUGGAUCAGUGCAUCCAUCCAGGUGUUGUUUGCCCUUACCAUGCGAAAUAAUCAUACCUACAUGGAGCGUUGGUUUGGAGUGGAAAUCAUCGUGGGUUCCCUCGGCUUAUCAACGCUUCGGUUUUUGCGGUUAAGCUCUGGUGCUAAACAGAAGUACGUGUAAUUGACUUCGAAGCAAUGAGCAUGUCAUCACAAGCGACAACAAACAAAGCACGACCAUGGCCAAACGCGUUACCAUCACCCAGAACUGCAUGUGCAAUGCCAGUACGACGUACAAGCAGCGAUCGAAAGGUCCAAGAUUGCGUACGAAAAUGCAAUGCCAAGAGGAUCAUUCCUUUCCUGCAACUUUCUCCGUCGAAAUUGGGAGCAUACCGAUUAGCAGGUCAAACGCAAAAUAUCCAUCGAUCAUCAGUUCGACAAUUGCUUGAAAUUCAUCCUUGUUGGGAUCAUUGCCGCUAGUCAAGUUGCAGAUAUCUGGUUUGCUGCCUGCCAUUCCAGCGGAAGCAUUGGCGGACACAAUACAGGAUACACGCUCGACUCUGGAAAAGUUGGAGCUAUCUGAGUUGCGUAUCUCUCGGGAUGCUCGUCUACCACAACUCAGGAAAGCUCUGAAAGAACACCCAACACUCGAAAAGGUAUCAUUAUGUGGGCUCAGUUUCCGGGAUGGCAGAAAUUCGAGGAGUAUCGUGCGAUCGCUUGCAACGGACCCCAAACUGCAAAAAGGAGUGCUGGAAAAUUCCUAUGUUCAGCAGCCAGUACAUUGAGAGCAUUUAAGGAUCUCAGCCAAGAACCCGGCCUCCGCGAUUUGCACUGUCGAAUGCCUUGGUGACGGCUUGCUACUUUGGUUCGCUUUUGUGAGAACCUGGCUGCCACCAUUGCCUCCACCAAUCUGAAGUCUCUCUUGCUUGGAGACGACGAAUUCCUGCUUGGGUUUGGAAAUGAUAACGUUCAAGCAACAUGCUGGUAGAUCCAAAAUGCAUGCUUUAGGAAAAUUGAGUCAUUGGGUCAACCGAACCGAACAUACUUUUGCUGCAACUUGCAAUGGCGCUCCGGACGAAUCGAAAUCUCAAGAAGCUCCGAAUUGGGUAUCCUGGAGGUGAAAGUAGAACCAGCUUUGAAGCAGCGGUGGGGACUUUUGACGAUCAGGUUCGCGCUGUCUUGUACAGCACUCUGUAAGAACAUAACUUUGUACUCCAUCAUACUGAGUUCGAAGGCAUGGAGUCGAGUCGAUAUGGAAUGCUUCCUGCAUUCGCCAAUACUUGAAACUGAACACGGCUGGUCGACGAUUCCUGUUGGAGGAUCGAAGCAUGGUCAGUAGACUAGCCUCAGUCGUUGCUUCUUGCCCACACGACCCCAUCGUUGCUUUCUACUACAUGUAACCCUAAGCUUUUUAAAAAAGAAACCAUAACAGC